AUGCAAGCUCAAGCCAAUGUUUAUUAGUUUGAAGCUGAGCCUCAAGUAUCACAUCCAAAGUACAGAGAUCAAGACCUUUAUGAGGAAUUGACUGAUCUUCCUGAUGAUGAAUCAAGAAUCAAACCAGAUUAUUAUAUAGAUCGACCUGCAACUCCUGAAUACAAGCCUUUGCCAAAGGGGAUUGACAGACAAACAUAAAUAGAAGCAUAUGAGCCAGAUUUAUUUGAUUACAAAUUGGAAGUGGAGCCUGUGUUAUAGGUUUUGGUUGGGAAAUCUGUUGAAUAGGCUAGAAUGGAAUUGAUUGAGGAGUCAGAAAGAGAGGAAUUGCAAAUAUAAAAGGCUGCUUUUGAAAAAAAACGAAAUGCUGAAUUAAUGGUAACAUAGAGGAUGGAAGCAGCUUAUGUGAGGAGAAAAGAAGAACGAGAAAGAAGGUUAUUGCAGCACAAAUUAUACCAAGAUUAGAUGAAACUGUCAUAAUAGAAAUUUAUAGCCAGAGCGCUCUCCAAAGGUGUCCUUAAAGGAGUGAAUUCAAGAAUCCUAAACGAUCUCCAGAAUUUGGGAUUAUUAAGGAAUGAUCAUAUACUUGAACUCAAAGUAAACACUCUCCCUUGGCUUGUGGAAAGAAUCAAAUAGAAUUGCAAUAACAUUCAGACUUCAUAAAAUGGUUUCCAAUCAUUUUUAGAGGAGAUCUAAACUCCCAUUCUUCAAGAACAUUCAUUUUAUUAUCAAAAAGAAUAAUAAAAGAGAUAGGAACAUCUUGAUAGGCUAGAGAAGAGGAGAAUUGAAAUUGAGGAGUAAAAGAAGAGGAAGGCAGAAAUUAAAAGAAGAAGAGCAUUAAAAGAAAAAAGAGAAGUCUAAAGAAGUGCAUUGUAUAAUCUAACACUUUCUAAGGCUGAAACAUCCAAUUCCAUAUUUUAAGUUAAUAUUUAAGAAGGAACUGCUGAAGUUGGACAGAAAGGAGUUGUAUUGCAUUUGGAUCUCUUUUUACUUUUAGCUGAGGGCAUAGAUCUAAUUACAGGUGAUCAACUUGAUUAAAUUGAUGAAUCAAUCAUAUAGACAAUUUGGUUGGAUAUAUUGAUGAAUAAAUGCAAUUAGUUUAAUAUCACUAUCAAUUCAGCUAUGCAACCUCUCAUCUAAGAAGCAUUGAAUAAAAUCGAUGAAGACUUGUAUGUAUUCGAAAAAAAUGCAAAACAAUUAACUAUUGAAUUCCUAAGGAGUCAGUCCCCGUUUUGGUCAUCUUAUGUAUCAUAACAAUUUGUAACUAAUAUUAGAAAAACCAUUUUAAAUAAAUUGCUUGAUGGUUUCUUUGAUAUUUACUUUAAAUCAAUAAAUUACAAAGAACCCAUAUAAAAAUCUGAAGUUUAAAUUAAAUAAGAUGACCUUGACCCAUAAUAAAAUCCAGAAUAAUAAUCCUAAUAGGCAGAAGACUAGUAAUAAUUACAAUAAUAGGACUAAUAAUAAGCUCAAAACUAACAGAAGGAAGAACCUUACUAAAAGCCAGAAAUCACUCAACAUGAUUUAGACAUGGUAGAGGCGAAGAAAAAGAUUAAUAUCAUCUUUAAAUAGCCUUAAAACUAGCUUGAAAAUGUCACUGCAAUAGUUAAUUUGUUGGUUCCUUAUUUUGAAGAAGAAUAGCCCUAAGAUUAAAAUCAAGAGUAAUAACAAUAAACUGGAGAGGUUCAGCAAGAGGAAACUAAUUAAAUAGCUGAACCUGCUAAACCUGUUGGCAAAUGGGAUUUUGAUCCAAAAACAAUUGAUAUAUACGACGGUGAAUAACCAUUGAUCCAAGAAGGUGUUAGAUCAACUGUAGAUUCCAUUUAUUAAUACUAAUUUUAAGAAGUAGUGAUUGUAAAUGAUGAGAGAGCUAUUGAAUUUGCUAGAAUGCAGAUUUACAAUUUUCUAAAAGAGAAAUUGGAAUCUUUUAUGAAUGUUCCAGAAUUUUCCAGUUUGUAAUUUCACAAAAUUAAAUAGACUCAAGCAAAUGUCCCAAUCUUUGAUUUUGAAUUAUGA